AUGGAGAAUUCUAUAAAAAUUAUAAUGUCAGAACGUGGGAAAGAGUUAGUUGUGGUUUCUUCACAUAAAUAUCGUUUUAUAAGAAAACGCAAAGACGAAUUAUUAAAAUGGAUAUGUUAUAACAAAAGUUGUUAUGCCAGUAUUUUAACUGAUGUCAAAAAAACUCAAGUUAUUAAGGUAAUCGGUGAACACAAACAUGAAGCAAUAACAUCUCAAAAUAUUGACCGCCAAGUUCUCAGAGAAAAUUGCAAACGAAAAGCCAGCGAUUCAAUUUCAACUCGACCAAGUAAAAUUAUACGAAAAAAAUUACUGACAAAUGUAGGUACAGAUAUUGUACAUAAGGAUAUUUCUUCUGUCCGAAAAGCCAUGUAUAUGGCAAGACGGAAAAACGUUCCUAUAUAUCCAAAAUCUUUUGAUGAAGCCAUAGAUAAAAUUUGGGAAAUGCAAAACGAUGAUAUUUUUAAAUUUAAUAAUAAAAAAUUUAUCCACAUUCCGAUGAAUAAAUCGUUUAUUUGUAUCACGACUGAAGAUAAUUUGAAUUUUAUGAGUUCUUGCACAGAAUAUUUUUCAGAUGGCACAUUUCAAUUCGCACCUAAUUUUUUUAUGCAAAUGUAUACUGUCCAUUGUUUCAAAAAUGGCUUUUAUUUACCAGUUAUUUUUAUUUUUUUGAAAGAUAAAUUUAAGCAAACAUAUAUCGAAAUGUGGAAAUUUAUUAAAGAACUAUAUUUGCAACACACAUGUUGGCAACGUUGCACUCAUUUUCGUACGCAAUCGUAA